UGAACUAAUACAGAACGCUCUUUGUUCCGUAUUUUUGAGAAACUGCUCAAUGCACACCUACUACAAUUAAAAACAUACACACAAAAAAAGCCUUAAAAACUCCCUGACGCAAUUAACGUGGAGCCUGCUGGUCCGCGAGGCAUGGAGUGAGGUCCGGUGCUUCACCUGAAUUAGCUGCGCAAUUGAUCAUGCAACCGCGGCCCGACAGAAAAGAAAACAAACGUGUUCUGCAAUCAGGGGGAAAUGCUUGCUAAUUCGAUGCGAUUAAACAUAGAGGCAUACAAUGAAGUGGUGGUAUGAGCGUUCAUUGCAUGCAUUUCACGUUUGGGCGACAGAAACUGAAACUACACAAUAACGUUGUUGGCAAAGCUCUGCUUCAACCUGUUGGAAGGCUAUUUCAUUAAUUAACGACAUUUAACAACGUGGAUUCUUGCCACUUCCAUAGAAACAGAACAGAGAAUGUAGGCUACAAUAGGCUACAUUGUUUAGCAUUGAGUAAUGUUUAGUCAAAUUUGAAUAUAACAUGGUCAAAAGAUUAGUGUUUCAUUUAAAGAUCUCCAGAUAAGUUAUUUACGCCUAUUAUAAUGUAUUUAUGCUCGGCCGUUUACCAUAAACAAAAGUUGGUAUUAUGUGUCCUGGAUCUUUACAUUGAGGCAUUCAAAUGAAAUUUCAUUAUAAAGCAUAAAUUGUUUCUCCAUUUGCCUACUAGUGUAGGCUACAGUAGGCUAUGAUGCUUGCAUAAGGGAAACAUCCCAUCCCUUUCGACUUCCGGCGCCGACGAGAGUGGCAGCCAUCCUAAGUAGCUCGCCUUGAAUUUCCCCUUGGGGAUCAAUAAAGUAUCUAUCUAUCUAUCUAUCUAUCAAAACAAUAGCAUCCAUAUAAUUGCUGUUGUUUUCAGGAGUAUUUCUCAUGCAAUCAUGCAAAAGCAAUGAACUAUUGUAAAUAUAUCUUACAUUAGUAAAGCAGGCCUUUGAUGUGCAUAGGACAUGUGCACAUGUGCAUAGUUUUCACAAACUAGCACUUUAAGCACUUUUAGCCCAUUUGUUCCGUAUUUUAUUUUCUCAGAGUUGGCAACCCUAUCAGGAGGACUCAAAAUCAUUGUGCCUCCUCAGACUUUGGAAAAUGGCCUCCAAGCGUUCUUUCAUCGAAGGAGAUUUCUCUUGUCCUGUGUGCUGUGAAGUCUUCAAGAACCCUGUCCUCAUGGAAUGCAGUCACAGUGUGUGUGAAGUCUGUCUGCAUAAGUUCUGGGAAACCAAAGGAUAUAGAGAGUGUCCCAUCUGUAGGAAAAGAUCCUCAAAAUCAAACCCACCCCUUAACUUGGCAUUAAGGAACCUGUGUGAGACCUACUUACAGGAAAAAAGUCAGAAAGCUUCAGCAGGGUCUGAGGUGCUCUGCAGUCUGCACAGUGAGAGACUCAAGCUCUUCUGUCUGGAGGAUAAACAGCCUGUGUGUCUGGUGUGUCGAGACUCAAGGGAACAUAAGAAUCACAACUUCAGUCCUCUCAUUGAAGUAACAGGUGGUUAUAAGGAGGGACUGAGGACACAGGUGGCUAAGCUGAAAGAGAAGAUGAAGACACACGAAGAAGCUAAACUAACCUGUGAUGAAACAGCAAAGCACAUUAAGACACAGGCACAAAACACAGAGAAGAAGAUCAAGAUAGAAUUUAAGAAUCUUCGGCACUUUCUACGAGAUGAAGAGGCAGCCAGGAUAGCUGCACUGAGGGAGGAAGAGGAGCAGAAGAGUCAGAUGAUGAAGGAGAAGAUUGAGAAGAUGAGCAGAGAGAUCUCAUCUCUUUCAGACACAAUCAGAGCCGUAGAAAAGAAGAUGAGAGCUGAUGAUGUGACAUUCCUGCAGGUAGUAGGACGACCACAUAUUCAACCACAUAUAUUCAGCCACACAUUAUCCCCUCAUACUGACAACUUAAUAACUUUCACUGUUGAUACUUCUCCUGCCAUUACAUUGGUAACACCACUAUUAACAAUGACCAUCUUUCACAUCCCUGUCAACACAUCACUCAGUGUUCAGCUCAUGUGUGUGUUCUUUCUCUCUGCAGCUCCUGUGACUCUGGAUCCCAACACUGCAUACCCCAGUCUCAUCCUGUCUGAGGAUCUGACCAGAAUGAGACGUGAUGACGAGAGACAGCAGCUUCCUGAUAAUCCAGAGAGGUUUGAUAAGUAUGCCUGUGUCCUGGGCUCUGAGGGCUUCAACUCAGGGACUCACUGCUGGGAUGUGGAGGUUGGAGAGAACACACAGUGGGCUGUUGGUGUGAUGACCGAGUCUCUCCAGAGGAAGGGAAACUUUAAAUCCAUGAGUGGACGCUAUUAUGUGCGGUAUGAUGAUGGUACAUAUGAAGCAUGUGCUCCUCCUCAGCCCCCCACUGUCCUCACAGUGCAGCAGAAACUCCAGAGGAUCAGAGUGCAACUGGACUGGGACAGAGGAGAGCUGACAUUAUCUAACCCCGAUAAUAAGACACACCUACACACACUCACACACACUUUCACUGAGAGACUGUUUCCAUACUUCAACAGUAAAUUUCUUCUGAGGGUCUUGCCUGUAGCGGUCUCUGUAACAGCAAAGGCCCCACAGUAGAGCUAAUUGCUCCUCAGCCCAGGACUGGCCAGCACUGGCCUGCAGAGAGGGAGGCCGACCAAUGGGGGUCAGAUAUGAAUCACUAACAACAACACAUAUCAGAUAUGGAUCAAAAAUAAAUUAUGCAUUUAAACUCCUGUUAUUAUAUUCUGUUCUCCCUUGAGAUUUUAUUUGGAAUUUGUACGUUUUCAGAUUUGAAUGGUACAAAUGCGUGACCAUCAUUUCCAAAAUGAAUAUGCCAAUAAAAA